AUGUCGACUAAGCACAACACUUCCGCGACCAACAUCUAUAGGUUCUGGCCGCCGGCUAUCAAAGCUGCCAUGAAGAGAGUUCGAUCCAGGCAAAAACGUCGUGCCCCGAGCACUACUAUGGUCGAUAGGGCUACACAAACACCGACUUGGCCAGACGACCAACAACAACUUGAAAGCCAGAAAGAUGACCACAUGGAAACCGAACAGACAAACUUCCAAUUCAUGGAUCUGCCUCUUGAGCUCCGUCGAGAAGUAUACCGGCACUACAUCAACAAUCUCCCUCCCUUGAUGUACACUUCACCACAAAUCUGCCACGAAGUAUCCGAUAUCACCGACCGCGUCCUCAUCUUUCAAAUGUUCAACGGCUUAUGUCCCUCCUACAUCCAAAAAAGAGAAUCCGCAGAACUCGCAGCAGCAAAACUUGCAUCUCUGCACGACAAGUAUCAAGGCAAGAACAUCCGCUUCAAAAUCGAGCUUCAGUGUCCUACGACAUUGUUCCCAAAGCCUUACGCUGUGGAGUUGGUCAGAGAGAUGGUGGAGCAGGUGGAGCGGUUGAGGGACGGGAAGCUUUUGAGUGUGCAUGUCGGUCUAUUUGGUCCCAAAGAGGUACUCAGAGGAGUGCGGACCUAG